AUGGCGUCCGUCCAUCCGGCCGCUAUCGGCUCCUCUGGGUCAUCCUCCUCCGCUCACCCGGCUUCCAAGCCCAACGGCAACCCGGACGAAAUCACCACCACCACCAUCAAGGCCACUGCGCACCUUACGCUCCCCGCGCACCCCGUCCCUCUCACCUACGACCAGCUCAACCCCAAGUCUAUCCCGAAUGAGUUCUACGGUCCAUGGGGAAUGACCGUCGUGCUCUUCUCGACACCGCUGGUGGCGUACUCGUUAUUCUACCUGUGCAACGAGACGACGGGGUGUAUGCCCUCGUCCCCGCGCGCGUGGAGGUUGUUGGGCGACCUCCUGGGCGAUUGGCCCGCUACGAAUGGGCAGUUCUUUGAGGCCUCGGCCAAGCCCGCGGCGGUCUACUUUGGGUUCUUUGCGUAUCUCGUGGCGUGCUGGGUGUUUAUUCCGGUAGAGAAGACGGAGGGGACGUUGAUUAGGGACGGGACGAGGAAGGCGUACAAGCUUAACGGCCUGCACACCCUCUUCCUCACUCUCGGCCUGACCCUUGGCCUCCUCCUCCGCCCCGGCGGAAUCGAAAUGAUGACAUGGCCGUACGACCACUGGGUACCUCUCCUGACAAUCUCCCUCGUCUUCGCCGUCGCGCAGGCGGCGUACUUCCACGCCCAGAGCUACUGGAGUGGGGAGCUGCUGGCUGCUAGGGGUAACUCUGGGAAUUUGAUCUACGAUUACUUCCUCGGCCGCCCGCUCAACCCGACCCUGCCCGGCCUGCCCAACUGGGACGUCAAGACCUUCAUCGAGGUCCGACCGGGAAUCAUCGGCUGGCUCCUCCUCAACAUCUCGUGCGCGUGCGAGCAGUACGUCCGCCUGGGCCGAGUCACCGACUCGAUGGUCCUUGUGCUCCUCUUUGAGGGGUACUACUGCUUUGACAGUCUAUGGAACGAGUCAAACAUCCUCAACCAAAUGGACAUCACGACAGACGGGUACGGCUUCAUGCUUGCCUUCGGAAACCUCGUCUGGGUGCCCUUCACAUUCGGCCUUCAGGCGCGAUACCUCGCCUUCCACCCUGUCGAUCUGGGGCUCACCAAGUCGGCACUGAUUACUGCGUUUGUGGGGCUCGGGAUCUGGAUGUUCAGGGGGAGCAACUCUGAGAAGGACCACUUUAGGAAUGGACGCAACCCGAAGAACCUCACGUAUAUGGAGACCAAGCGGGGAACCAAGCUCCUCACUUCGGGCUGGUGGGGCUGGUCUCGACACCCUAACUAUCUCGGUGACUGGAUCAUGGCUCUUGGCUGGUCCCUCCCUACCGGCUUCACCACGCCCAUCACCUACUUUUACAUUGCCUACUUUGUCGUGCUCCUCUUGCACCGUCAGCAUCGGGACGAUCAUGCGUGUAAGGAGAAGUACGGGGAUGACUGGGACGAGUACUGCCGGAGGGUCCCGUACAAGAUUAUCAAAUACAUCGUGAGUUUUGCGGUGCUCGUCACUGGGCAGGACGAACUGAGCUGGCAAAAGCUGACUUGA